UGAUUUGGCAGCUUUGCUUGUUCGGUUUUGAUUUGUAGGUAUUGUGCGUAUGAGUAUAUACUUUCGGCUCGGUUGAUAAUAUUUUUAAUGUGUAGUAAAGCUGUUACAGGCACCUAAGGCCACAUUAUUUCGUAUACCUAUCAAAUCAACAACCGGUAACCGCGUGUAUAGGUUUUAUUUCGUGUGCAGCAGCGAGAACGCGACGAAAUUCUCAGCUCGCCAGCUCCGAUUCGGACACUCGAUAUCGUUAUAAAAUUGAAAUUUUUCGUGUUUAAAAUAUUGCUUAGGCUGCUAUAUCGAGUACCUCUACCUAUAUCGUAUAUUAUAACGUUUAUCAUUCGUUUUAUCAGUGUUUCGAUUCGAAGUAUAUUUUUCAUAAGAAGUAUGUCCGUGUGUAACGAAUGAGAGGUUAUUUAUAUCGAGUCGGUUCAGUCGUUCUCGGUGAUCGACUUGCAUAACGAAAUUUGACGCCGUAUUAGUGCCUUAUUAUAGUAUAGUGAUAAAGAGAGUCGAAGUCGCGGCCUACGACAUAAGUAUAGCGAAAAAAUGGGUAUUAUUUCUCUACGCGACGACAGUCUUAGAAUCGCGCUGGUGGUUCGUGUGAUCGCGGCUGCGCAUCUCACCUAUGGUCUUUACUACGAGUUCUUUUGUAUAAAACCUCCAUCGCAUCUUAAAAAUUAUACGACAGGAGGCAAGUUCAAGUACAUGACCAAUUGGAACCUGUGUUUGGAAACGGUGUAUUUCUGGUUCGCUAUUGUCGAUAGCUUGGUAUCCGAAUGCAGCGAUAACGAAAAGAAACCGUUGAGGAAGAUCAGGGAUCAUUAUUUCUUGUCUGUUGUGUUUCCACUGUCGUCGUUUGUCUCGUUUACCUUCUGGGUAUUGUUCGCCGUCGACCGUGAAUUGGUUAUGCCAAAAGCUGUUGAUCAAUUUUUCCCAUCUUGGCUGAAUCAUACUGUCCAUACGUUCAUUGUGGUUUAUUCAGUUUUAGAAUUAUUGACGAGUUAUCACAGAUGCACGCAGACCAUUUAUAAACAGUGCGUCGCUUUAUGGAUUGUCACAAUCUUAUAUGUCAUAUGGUGCCACAUCGUUCACUACCAAACCAACUUAUGGGUUUAUCCGAUUCUAAACGAACUUUCUUUCCCCUUCCGGAUGUUAUUCUUCUUGGGAUGCCUAUUAUUAGCGACAGUAUUUUUAACCAUCGGAUUCUACGGAAAUAACAGCAUUUGGAAGAGAAGAAUAGAGGUUCGAGAAUUUUUUGUCUACUAACAUUGUGUGCUAGAUAAUAUGUAUCUCCAAUUGCUGUGUUUUGGCAUGGUUUUUUGAACGUUUUGGUUUAUCUUUCUUCCCUUGUAACCUUGUAUGAAAUACCCAAAUACAUACCUUUUUUUUUCUUUCGUAGUUUACAAAUUAGAAUAUAGUUUUUAGUAUCAAAUAGCUUAGUGUAGAAUUUGUUUUGUAUUUUAUGCUUUAGCUCUAACGUAGAGAUAUGUAGAUUAAUUUUACUAAAUAUGUACCUACUUAUUUGACUUAUUUGAACGUAUGUUUACAUAGUGUAUAAUUAACCUAAUUCAAUUAUCGAAAUUCAAAAUUAAUCUCGUUUAUCUUGUAAAAACACAUCAACUCGCGAAGCUUUAAUCGCCAACUUUGGAAUAUUGGACUUCUUUUUUCCAAGCUUUUUAAACGCAUGAUAAAUUAAUAUUAUAAGUCAAAAAGAAUACUUCAAAAACACCUACAUCUUUUCACUUUUCAACGUUGAUGGAAAAUUACACUUCUGCGAGCACAACACAUAAUCGUUUGCUUGCGAACACAUAAUCUUGUUACCAACUCAUCUAGUUUUAUUCGUCGAAACAAAAAUAUAACAUCACAAAACGUGUGCUAAUUACCUUCUUUACUUUACACAUAAAUAAAUAUCUAAAAACAAAGCAUGUGCCAAACAAAACGAGGUGACGGAAACAUUAUAACACUUUUGAUUGAAUUUAUACCUAUAUGAAAUUUGUUUUUAAUUUCAGAAAAAAUCCUUAGAUAUAAAUUCGCAUAAUCAAGUUUGAAAACUUUGAUCUCAGAACGGACUGUGCGAUGAGCAAAAAUUAAUUUUAUUCUCACCACGAUA